GACUGGCGUACGUGACGUACAGAAUGGGGAACUUGCAGAGCAGGGGGCGUAUCAGCGGUUUGUGAUGGAGGACUGUAUAGAGAUGAUUCUCCAGGACUCCCCCCUCUCUCAGCAGACAGAGCACCCGGGAGUCACAGCCUGCUGUGGGGCUCUGCUCACAGGGAUGUACGGCCUCUGGAGCCUGUUCGCUCUGCCUGGGCUCCGCAGGGUGCCAGGGAAACUCAAGGUGCCAUAUUUGCCCUCCAGUAAACGGCAGACGGUGAACGUGAUGAGGCACCUUCGUGGACGAUCAGGCCGCCUUGCCGAUUUGGGCUCAGGGGACGGCCGACUGGUGUUUGCAGCCUCUUCUGCUGGGUUCCAGUGCACUGGGUUUGAGAUAAAUUCCAUCCUCGUGGCCUACGCCCGAGCCAAAGCCCAGUGGACAGGCCUGGGCUCCAGCCACGCUGACUUCGUGAAGACAGACUUCUGGAAGACGGACUUAUCUUCAUUCAACAACGUGACGGCCUUCCUGGCUCCUGGAGCAAUGGAGGCUCUGAGUGACAAACUGCUGAAGGAGCUUCCUGAUGGGGCGUUGGUUGUCUCCUGUCAAUUCCCAGUCCCUCAGUGGACACCGCAGUCCUCCAUCGGUUCUGCUUUGGACCAGACAUUUGCCUAUGACAUCAGCGCUGUGCGAGAAAGUCUAAAAAACUCAACCGAUACAAAGUAAAGCAGCCAUUUUGGCUCUCUCUUCGGGCACUAUCAACAGUUUGCUUCUUAUAGAGGUUAUGCCGAUGUAAAGCAGCUAAAUUUUAAAGGAAAAUUUAUUUUGUACAUAUAUAAGCCCCACUUGAAUAUAAGCCACAGAUUUUCAUGUUGUAACAUGAAAUAUUUACAGAGAAAGACAGUAUACAGAUUUUUUUUUUUAAUUUAAGACAUGCUUUUAUAAAAAACUGUCCCUAAGAAUUAACAAUACGGCACCAACACGGGAUGAACAUGCCUGCAUGUUUAGAAAAUAAAACGGCAACAAUACAGGCUAUCUGCUUUUAUUUCCUCUGAAAGCUUUUCGUGUCUUUUUACAUUGAUGAAGUUCUUCCGCUGCUGCCUCCAAUGUCACACAAUUGGUUCCUUAAUGCCAAGCUUACAUGUAGUGGCUUUAUUUCCUUCUUUGAUGCCAGAUCCAUUGACUUAAAAGCUGCAUCAUAUGCAUUUCCAUGAUUUCCUGUUUUCCGUGAUGAGGGUGUGUGCAUGAUGGGAAAAAUGACAGUUCAAAAUCAAAAUUAGUGUAUUCUGCAGCGAAUAAUCUUUCCCCAAUUCUGUCUCACUUUUGCAUUUACAGCUAGAGAGUGCCCCACAGUGGCCUUUGCCAAUAAAAAUCUAUAAAUUAGCUGCACCGUUGUAUCAGCCCAGGGUUCAAACAUGGGGAAAAAAGUAGCAGCUUAUAGUCCGAAAUUUAUGGUAGACACUGGGUUUGUUUUUUACAGUAUCAAUGCAUUUCUGCCAAAUGACAUUAAAACCACGAGCUUCCCUAUAUUGUAUAUAUAAAGUAUAUGUGUGAUUUCCAUAUUUUUGUUUUUCACCUUUUUAUGUUGAAAAACUAAAACCUAAACAUCAGUUUCUUGUGCUGAGAACAGGUUCCACAAAUGUUCUUUAUACUGGAUCCAUCAGUUCAGACUAAACUGAAAUAAAUAAGUUAUUUCUGUAUUGUUAAAACUUUCUGCUCCAGGUUUCGAGGUUUUAAAUUAAAUAUUUGUUCAUGGUUAGAGUCUUAGGAGUAAUCAGUAAUUACAUAUGUGUGUUCCAUAUUAUCAUUUUUAUUAUUAUUACUAUUAUUAUUGUUAUUGUUAUUUAGAGUUAACAGACUGUCUAAAGACUUUAAGUGUUUGCCUAUCUUCUUGGAAGCAAUUUGUCGCCAUGGUUACUCACUCCUGCACUGUGACCAUAGACUGUAUGUAUAAAUGGACAUAGCUAACCUACUAGCCGCCACGUUCCAAAUAGUAACUGAUCAUGGGCACGCUUCUGUCUCCAUUUACUCUGGAUCCAAUUCACUUUCUAUUGAAAAACUGUGGCCCCUCUCUCUGUAACCGCUGCUGUCAGGCUCAUCAUUUUGGUCUUAAAUGUUUGUAUUAACCCACUCUACAUGAUCCUGGGGUUUUUAUUUCACUAUUGUGUCUAUAAAUCAAUAUAAUGAACAUUAAUAAUAGAAAAAUUAGGCGCCAUCUUUCCCUGAAGUUGUUCCCACUAACCUUAGCAACAGGUUUGAUUGACAGUGUGGCUAAGCACCUACUCCCUGCUAAAACAGGGGUGUGGGCGGGAAGGGAAGCUACCUUCAACAGCGUGGCUUCGGAUUGGUUCUUUGGUUGCUAUGAUACUUGUCGAAAUUCCAAGUAUUGCG